GACAACCAGGUGCUACAAAGUUCGCGUCCCGUAGUGUAUGGUCAAAGCAACAUCUGCACCAUGCAGUCACUAAACUUUUUGAAAUAUUCCGGAUAUUCUUUUGGACGUGAUCGAUUUUUGCUGGUUGUACAGAAACGGUACAGAUAUAAAAAGAAAUGGGCUGUCAACCUUCGACCAAAGACUUCGUGUGAAUUGGCACUUGACCACUUUGAUGCUUUCUACAAGCCAGUACAUGGAGAGCACUGGCCCUCAAUUCGAGUCGCAUUAUUGUCCUUGCCAAAGUAUGUAGCCAUUGUAAACAACUUUGGAGACACCGACAGUACCAUACAGCAAUUACAUCAGCUUGGUGCUGUGGACAUCAUAGAUUCUUCUGUCAAAAGUGUCACUAAAAUGGAGAGUAAACUGCUUGCUGAAAUUCAAGCACGAAAAGAAAAAGCGGAGACGGAAGGAGGAGUGAUUGAUUUCAAAGAUCAAUCUCAAGACCAGACUGAUCAUUCAAUGGGUGUUGAUUAUGAAUCAAAAGAAAUUGAUAAAGACAAUAGUGAAGACUUCAAGACAGAACAUUUGCAGAAUGUCUUCACACCUGAUACUGUCUAUAACAACACAGACUUACAGUACUUUGUACCUACAAGACAAGUCUUCUCUGAGAGAGAAGCUUUACUGCAAGAAGAAGAAAAAAUGUACAGUACCUAUGAAGACCGGCCUAUUUCAGUACGAAUCUUGCCAGAGCAUCUUCCUGCCCUUUCCAAAACUCUGAAGGUCAUGACUUUCAAAUCUGGUGAUGUUUCAGACUUUCCAUCACCAAGAGCAAAUGACAUGGGUCUGCUGAAUUACUAUUUGCUAGAUGGGGCAUCUGUUUUGCCUGUCUUGGCACUCGAGGUUCAACCCAACGACAGUGUGCUUGAUCUUUGUGCUGCACCAGGUGGCAAAACUUUAGCUAUGUUACAGCUGCUAAUAACCCAAGGAGGUCGUCUUACUGCAAAUGACGUCAGUUAUUCCCGCAUAGAUCGGCUCUAUUCAGUCCUGCGAAGCUAUGUUCCUAAAGAUCUCCUUGCAGCGUUGGUUCAUGUGCAGAAUAAGAAUGGCAAGCUGUUUAAUGUGCCAGCUUUUGAUAAGGUGCUGGUAGAUGUACCCUGUAAUAGCGAUCGUCAUGUCCUACAAGAGGAGGACAACAACUUGUUUAAGCCUAGUCGCAUCAAGGAACGUCUUCAACUUACAAGUCUUCAGAAGGAUCUUCUCAUGUCAGGCAGGAUCCGGUCGUGCAAACCAGGAGGAUCCAUAGUAUACUCUACCUGCACCCUGGCACCAGCUCAGAAUGAUGGAGUGGUGCAAGCAGCUGUAGAAGAGCUCUGGGAAACCUCAGAUUUAGAUGUUGUAGUAGAGAAUCUUUCACCUCUUGCAACACUUUUACAACCAUUUUUUAAGUUUCACAAAAGCACACGACUUGGACAGCUUGUUUUACCUUCUUUGGUGAAUAAUUUUGGACCAAUGUACUUCUGCAAGCUAAAACGUCUUAGGUAGGAUGCAGGAAGCAUGAAAACAACUUAGUGUGUUUGGUACGGUGCAUGUGAACUUAUAGACGAGUGAUCAAGAAGUUGACAAAAAUUCAUGGAGCAAGAGGCAAGAUGAAGAAGACAAACAAAAGGGCUGCAGAGACUGUUAGUGAAAGGAAUAUGGUUGGGAAAAACUUGGAGAACGUAGAUCCUGGAAUGAGAUGAAAAAGAGAGGAUUACUUGAACCAUUUAGGCGAAGGAACAUGUUGUUCUGACUGGCUUCAGGUUUAUCUCCUUUUAGUAUACACAUAUUCACAGUCAAGGAAACACAUACUGUAACUGUUUUAUUACACAAGAGAUGUAUCAAGCUUUAUAUACAAUAAUGAAUCUCUUCAUAGUGGAUGGACGGAUGUUUGAAAUAAAGUGAACAUAAAAAAAAAAACCCAUGCAUUGAUGAUACCUUCA